AUGCUUCUUUUUGAGGGCGACAUCUACCUUGACACGUGUUUAUCUUUGGCUAAUCGUGAAAAUGGUUUUCGUCUCGAAGCUAAUGGAACUGUUUCAAUUGUGGACUCUCAUGCCUUCUCGAAUAGUCUUCAUGGAGUAUUGCUCGUUGGUUCCCCGCUGUCUACCCUAAUUCAAAGGACAUUGAUUAGCUCUAGUGGUAAAAAUGGUAUUCGUAUAGAAAAGACUCCAGAUAAGUUUAUUACAAUAAAGAUCCAUGGAGUAAACCUUACCGGUCACUACUACAGCGCUGCAGUUGAGGUUGAGGACGCUACCGACUUGGAUUUUGAGAUGAAUUGCUGCUUUGUUACCGACAAUUUUAACGGCGGUGUCAAUUUGGACGGUAUUACAGCUAAUAGUACGGUAUGUCCAAUAUGUUAUGCCGUCUGAAC